AUGUCCUGGUUGGGUGACCACAUAAGCAGCCUUAAAAAUCAGAUUUCCACCGUAACACGAGAUCUUUUGCUCGAGGGAACAAGUGAAGUAAAAGACUAUGACGCUGAACUGAAGAAUGCCAACAUUGUGAUCCGGCAACAAAAAGAAAAGCUCGAGUCCUAUAAUAAUCAAGUUUCCGCCCUCCAGAAUGAGCUCAAUGGCCUCCACUUGCAAAUUGAAUCCCUCGAGUUAGAGAAUAUACACGCCCGGGAAGAAUAUGCAACACUUUUGCGAGAGAAAGAGGAGCAAAUUCAAAAGUUGGCCGCCCAGACAAGACUAAACGGGAUCGAAGAGGCACAGGAACAUUCCUUAAUUUCUAUUCCAUUAUUCUCCACAGGAGCUUCAAACUUGAGGUCUGACUCCCCUGAUUUUGCAAGUGAAGAUUUCCUAACAUCAUCCUCCCCCCGACUCCCUCAUUCGGAUGCUAACUUCGCGCAUCAGACGUUUAGCUCGUCGGAGGCCAACGCCGCACAAGGUCGGAUUCGCCAGCACUUUCAUCAGGCUAAGGAGUUAACUACCGAUGAACGCAAAAAAGUUGAUUUGUGCGUUCAAACCGAGAUGGAGGACAGCAGCGCAGGACCUACUGCGGUGAGUGAUAGUCAUAAUGAUUCAGCGGACGCCAUUGUGGACCAACUUAUGGCCGAAUUGGAUUCCUACGACUUCUUCAAAAAUAAUGAUUUUUCGGUGUUCUCCACAUCCGCUACCAAUGGCGCUCCUCAUACUAAGUUAGAACAGUUCCUUACUCGUCUGCGUACAGGCCUUGAUCGUAUUACUGAGCUGUAUGCUUUUUGCUCUCUUUUCCGUGUGAUGCCUAAGGUCUUUUCUCUAAACCGCUCUUUUCCAUUGCCGUGA